UUUGUAUCCCAUCCCCACUGCCAGCAGUUAUUGACGUCCAUUUGGUACGAGGGUCUGCCUGGGUGGAGAAAGAGGAAUGGCCUGACCAAGUUCUUGCUAUGUAUGGGGCUUAUCCUGAUCGGUCCGUUCAUGGCUGUAUAUUACCUGAUCUUCCCACGGAGCAAGAUAGGACAACUCCUGCGGAGUCCGUUUAUGAAGUUUCUGUAUCACAGUGCCUCGUUUGGGGUGUUUCUGAUUCUCCUGGUGCUCUGUUCUACAGACAUCAGCAGUCCCAGUGACCGAGGAAACAUACGGGGACCGCCACCCUCGGAACUCGAGUGGCUCAUAUUCUUAUGGGUGAUGGGGUUUGUUUGGGCUGAGUGUAAACAGUUGUGGGAGGAAGGACUGAAGGCGUACACCAGACAGUGGUGGAACUGGCUAGAUUUCCUGAUGCUCUCGCUCUAUAUCGCUACGUUUUCUCUCCGACUUGUGGCGUACGUACAGAUAGAAUCAGGUAAAUACGGAGACAGGGACAUUCCCAGGAAGGACUGGCCCAUCAUUGAUCCUACCCUUCUAGCUGAGGGGCUGUUCGCAGUGGCCAAUGUUUUUAGCUUCUCUCGUAUCAUAUUCUUGGCUCAGGCUAAUCAACAUCUAGGACCCCUUCAGAUCUCUUUGGGAUGCAUGUUGAUUGACAUUGGGAAAUUUCUCUUCAUUUUCUUCCUGGUGCUGACAUCCUUUGCGUGUGGAAUGACCCAGCUCUACUGGUAUUACUAUAACAGUCGUGUUCCAGAGGACCCAGUGGCAUUUGUAUCGCUGGGGGAGAGCUAUGCGACAUUAUACUGGUCAUUGUUUGGGAUCACAACAAAGCAUGACCUCAGAAUCCAGAAUGGUCAAAACUUUACGGUGAUGCUGGGCCGCUUGAUGUUCAUGUUAUAUCAUUGUAUGGCUAUUAUUGUACUCAUUAACAUGCUGAUUGCCAUGAUGUCCAACUCUUUCCAAAAUAUUGAGAACCAUGCUGAUAUGGAGUGGAAGUUUUCCCGUUCCAAGCUGUGGAUGGGUUAUUUUGACGAGGGCUCCACUCUUCCUUCUCCCUUUAACCUUAUCAUCAGCCCUAAAUCUAUCUACUACGCUGUCUGUUUUAUCAAGGACCUGCUCAGUAGCUGCGUGCAGGACAAACAACAUUUCCGUAGACCUAAGCGCCGUACCUCUGUGGGCAGUGUAAAGCCUGUUCCAAGUCCAGUGCCUAGAAGAGAAUUUAUGGACAUAAACUCGAAAGGAGCAGUGCAGAUCUCAACCAGAAUAAAUAUUCAUUCUGAAAAACCACCAACAGAGGUGAAGUACCGCCCCCCUUUGAGUGCUCAGACCAGUGUCCGAUCUAAUGAAGAGAAGCAUUACCAGGACAUAAUGCGGCGACUGGUCAGUCGAUACAUUCAUCAGUUUAAGAAGGACAAACAGUUGGAUGGAGUAAAUGAAGAUGACUUGCUGGAAAUCAAACAGGACAUCUCCAGUUUGAGAUAUGAAUUGAGAGAAGAUCGUAAAAGGGAAUCCUACCAGGCAGCCAACCUGCUACAGAGCACAAAACAGGAAAUCAUCUCACUCAUACAGAAGUUUAACAUGACUGUUCACCCCCUACAAUCAGGGACAGGUCAAGGUCAAAGCCCACUGAAUGUCCCCACAGACAAAGUUCAGACAAGUGACAGGGGUCAAGUGUUAACAUCCAAUGACCUUGAACAGUUAAAGGAGGACAUUAUCAGUGGAAUUUGUUCCAGGUUACAUGAUAAUAUACAGACAUUUCAGGGAAUGGAAAGACUGCCCUCUAUUGAUUCAGAUCUCUACACAACCCAUCUCUACACACAACUGUAAUAAUGUAAUGCAGGCUGUGUAUAAAUCUCUACACACAAGUGUAAUGUAAUGCAGACUGUUUACAGAUCUCCAGACACAACUGUUAUGUAAUGCAGGAAGAUUAUACAUCUC